AUGCUUUUCAAAUCUAUCGCUGCCACUGUUGCUUCACUCGCUUCCUUGGCUUCAGUCUGUGCUGAAGAUCUCCCAGCCAUUGAAAUCGUUGGUAACAAGUUUUACUACUCCAACAAUGGUACUCAAUUCCUCAUGAGAGGUGUUGCAUACCAACAGGAUACCGCCAACUCCACUUCUUCGUUUAGUGAUCCUUUGGCUGACGCAGCCUCUUGUAAGAGAGAUAUCCCAUACUUGGAAGAGUUACAAACCAACGUUAUCCGUGUUUACGCGCUUAACGUUUCCCAAGAUCAUACUGAAUGUAUGAGUCUUUUGCAAGAUGCCGGUAUUUACGUUAUUGCCGAUUUAUCUGAACCAGAUUUGUCCAUCGACAGAGAUGACCCUGAAUGGAACAUGGAAUUGUACGAAAGAUACACCGGUGUUGUUGAUCUUUUCCACAACUACACCAACAUCUUAGGUUUCUUCGCUGGUAAUGAAGUCACCAACAACAAAACCAACACCGACGCUUCCGCUUUCGUUAAGGCCGCUAUUAGAGACACCAAGGCUUACAUCAAGGCCCAAGGUUACAGAACUAUCCCUGUUGGUUACUCUUCUAAUGAUGACUCUACUAUCAGAGGUCCAUUAGCUGACUACUUUGCCUGUGGUGACGACGAUGAGAGAGCUGAUUUCUUUGGUAUUAACAUGUACGAAUGGUGUGGUUCUUCUAGUUACUCCGCUUCCGGUUACGAAACUAUCACUGAAUUGUACUCUAACAUCACCAUCCCAUUGUUCUUCUCCGAAUACGGUUGUAACGAAGUCACUCCAAGAACUUUCCAAGAAGUCGGUACCUUAUAUGGUGAUGAUAUGUUGAAAGUCUGGUCUGGUGGUAUUGUUUACAUGUACUUCCAAGAAACCAACGAUUACGGUUUGGUCAGUAUUGUUGACUCUGCUGUUUCCACUUUAACCGAUUUCAAGAACUUGAAGUCUCAAUUACUUUCCAUUUCUCCAUCUUUAGCCACUGUUGCCACCACCGCUUCAUCCGAAGGUGCUACCUUAUCAUGCCCAACUGAAUACUCCAACUGGGAAGCUUCCACUGACUUACCACCAACUCCAGAUGAAUCUAUCUGUAACUGUAUGGAAAACUCCUUGACCUGUGUUGUUGCCUCUUCAGUUUCUUCCGACGACUACGCCGACUUAUACGCUUACGUCUGUGGUGAAGUUUCCUGUGAUGGUGUCACCGGUAACGGUACCAGUGGUGACUACGGUGCUUACUCUGGUUGUAGUGCUGAAGAAAGAUUGAACUUCGUCUUGAACUUGUACUACAUAGAAUCCGGCAACGACGCAAGUGGAUGUGAUUUCUCUGGUUCUGCUUCAACCAAGAGCGCUUCCACUGCCUCUUCCUGUGUCGCCGUCUUGCUGUCUGCUGGUACCUCUGGUUUAGGAACUGUGUCCGGUUCAGUGACUUCCAAUGCCAAUGCAGGCUCUACCACCGGUUCAGGUUCUUCAUCAUCAUCCACUGCUUCCUCCACCAGUACCAAGCUGUCAGGAUCUAUCAAGCAAGUCAGCUUUGAUGGAGUUACCAAAGGAUUGAUGGUUAUCGUUUCCGUUGCAUUAGGUGCAGGUGUUAUCUUCAUGUAA